AUGAUCGCGAACUCGAAGGAAAAGAAAAAAGCAAAAUAUCAACAAGCGAGGAAAAUAGAUACCCAACUACCAUCCUCUAUUAAUGUAGAAGAUCAUGUUAAAGCUAGGCAAUUCGAGAUAAAGGCUCUCUUUAAAGCCAUAGAUAGCUCAAAGACUGCUUCCUCAUCAAGAGCUUUCCAAACUUUACCUAGACAUCUCAGAAGGAGAGCAGCAUCCCACAAUCCAAAGAGAGUACCCUUCAGACUUAGAGAGAAAGCUCUGGCUGAGAUAAAGGGCGAUAUCUCGAAGUUUCGUAGGAAAAGAAGGAAGUUGUUACGCACUCGAAUGAAAAAGCAGCAGAGCUCUGCAUCACGUACUGUUAAUUUACAGAAGCGACAAUUGAACAAAUCUUGGCUUGAAACACAUAUCUGGCACGCGAAAAGAAUGAAAAUGGUUAACAUUUGGGGCCACAGAUUAGCAAAGCACCCAACUGAGAAGUCGUUUAGACCGUCUGUUAGAGCUUCAAGACAAGGCUGCAUUGUUCAUGACGCAUCUUACACCGCUCUUGUACAGAUUGAUGGCAGCCAAGAGAGAAUACUCUCUUUACUAGACAGUAUCUUGGAUAAAGCGGGUGAAUCAGCUUCUUCAAAAAGGUACAUUUUCGGUACACGUGAAAUGCAUAGUUAUAUAUACAGAUCCAAUUCAUACCCAACUGAAAUUAUCUCACCUAUAUCACUCAUUUGGCAUCCUGCUGAUGGUGUUCGUGACAAGAGAAGCAUUUGGUUGCGCUGCCAUCCAUCUGCUUUCAAGACUGUUUACGAGUCUUUGAAUGAAGCAAAAAUUGCCUUGUCUGGUGACGAUCUCACAAUCAGUGAUUUAAGAGGCCAAGUCAACACUUUUGAGAUGUAUGGUCCACAAUCUAGCCAGGUUUUGGCGGGUGCAUUCAGAUUAGCAAAGGCUAAUGGUAAAGCUCAAAGAAUUGCAUGGCAGAAAAUUGGCAAAUUAACGACACCUGCACACCUUCCAACUGGCUUCGUAGCGGGUUUCAAUAUUGACGAUCCUCGUCUAAAUUACCCACCACGUAAUACGAAAGCUGACAAAGAUAAACCCGUAACCAAUCUCACACUGAGCACUACUUUGGCACAAUCGGGUAUAUUUAGUAAAGCAGAACGUGAAAAAGUUUCUAAACCUCGUUACAAGAAGGCAGAAAUUGACAGCCGACGUAGCAAAGCGCAACCGGGGAAGCCACUCGCAGCAACACCAAAUGACGAUGUUAUACCCAUCUUAGUCAUACAAAAGAAGUUAGAAGGUGGACUACGAGACAGCUUAGAUGGUUAUACGCUUAUUGUUCCAGCUGGAUGGGGCAUGCAAAUUUGGUCAUCACUUAUACACACGGACUCGCGAGUUGGUGGUAUUGAACAAGUCGAACAGUUUUCGGUGCAAGUGGGAGCUUCACAUUUCCCUGAAUCAGCUUGUCCAACCUCGUUAGCAAAUUGGGAGGAAUGUCAAAAACGGAUUGAAGAUGUCGAAGAGAGAGUAUCUAGGAAACCUAAAGGAAAACGACCACAUUAUCAUUCCGAGUUACCGCUACUGCCUUUUAUUCAGAAGCCAUAUCAAGUUGAGAAGAAGGAAGAUGUCCAGAGCGAAGUGAAAGAUGGCCAGUUACCAACACAACCGUCAGAACAAGCUAUGGAUGUCCAUGAGGACCAAGUCAAUACCAAACAGUGGUUUAUGACAGAUGAGCUCGUCCGUAUGGUACAGAAUGAGAUACAGGAAAAUCAAAAAGAUGUGCAGGAUGCACUGAAGAGUGUUUUGACUUCUUUGAAAUGCAAAGACGAUGUUACUCUUGAAGAUGCCUUAGUACAAGCCACUUUGGUGCCAAUCAAGAGAGGAUAUGUCAGUGCUUGUGGAUAUGUCUAUGAUAAAGAUAACGAUGAAACAUGUGGAAGGAUUGCCACAUCAACCUUCGCGAUGAAUGAGGGUAAAGCGGUGGCAAUUGCUAACAUGCAAGCGGUUGUUUAUUUCAAACUUUACAGCCAGAAAAAGCAUCUUGAACGUAUUGUGGUAGUUCAGGAUAAUGAUGACGAAACAAAGCGAGAGUAUCGUCUACACUGUAGAAAGUAA